AUGGCUGCUAUUAAUAGAGAAUUACAAAGCCGUUCCAAACAAUUAUCAGAACGGCUUUCUGAAUCUUUAUAUAUUUUGGAUCACGAUCCUUCAAUGGCUCUUUAUAGAAUUCAAGAACAUACAAAUAAAGUUGCUCCGAAAUUAGUUGUUAGGAGACAACAAAUGUCGCAAUUAAAUUCACAAAUUCAAGGAGCUUGUUUUGAUUUAGAUAACGCUAUUAAGACUGUUGAUCAAAUGAAAACAGCACAAUCUUCUCUUGAACGAAUAAAGAAAAUUUUAAUUGGAGAAAAUUGUAGUAAUCAACAAUAA